AUGUCUAAGCGUGGUGGUUUCAACGCGCAAGAUGCUCCAGGCAAGGGUCAAUUCAACUCCUUCAAACACCAGUGGCAGAACCAACACAACGGUUAUCAGAAUCAAGAGAAACAACAACAACAGAGGCAGCCCGUCAGCGUUUUCCUGAAUAGACCCGUCCUUGCUCCUGCCCUCAACGAGCGAACUAACUCUCCCCUAUCUGCGGGUUACGCCGGUAAGAAUUACAACCAGAACCACAAUAAUCGCAACGGCGGAAGUAGCCAGUACAACUUCCAAAGCUCGUCUCAGCACCAGAAUGCUCAUUACAGCCACACAGAACUAAACAGUCACGGGAUGGAGAGUAAUCCUACUCGCUCAUCUACCCCAAACAGAGGGAGAGGGGGUGGAAGAGGUGGAAGAGGUGGUGCUGCCGGGGGUCGAGGUCGAGGCAAUGGCGACCGUGGCGGACGGGGUGGAGGUUAUCAGGGACGGAACGAAGAUGGACGAGCGCGAAAUGAUGGUUGGAACAGUCCUGCAGCUACACCACCGGCUGGUAAUGAAGCAGACGAAGAGUUCGAAGACAACGUUCGCGACUUAACUGCUACGCCAGCAUCACGUGUGGCCAAAUUUUCAAGCAACACCCUAGAACAAGCGUCCUACGAGGAGUUGAAAGUAGCACGCGACAGAGAGCGCAGAGAUGCGAUCGCCAACGGUACCAUCGAUGACCCUGAGAAGCGGAAAACCUUGGAGCACGCUAUCGACUUCGUUGGGACCUGCAUGGACAUGUGCCCGUUGUUCGAACGUCAACAGAGAGCGGUUCAGAAUGCGGUCGAUAGAUGGGAAAUUAACCCAUCAACUGGGAAAAUCGACAAGGCCCUUGCCGUCAAGCAGUUCCACCGCCCAGCUGCGGGGAAUGAUGCACAGCUCCCCUCGGACGUGCGCCCACCUCGAAUUCUUGUUUCUACGCUUGACUAUCUGAUCAAUGAGAUUGCUGGUGGGAGCGAACCUCUUGAACUCACUCAUCCAUUCUUGCGUGACCGCACCCGCGGGAUUCGACAAGACUUUACUCUUCAAAACUACCGUGGCUCAGAGACGGUAGCUUGCCAUGAACUUAUUGCGCGUUUCCAUAUCCUCGCAAUCCAUAAGCUCUGUGAAGAGACCAAAAACUUUGUCCCGCAUCAGGAAAUGGAGCAGCUUCAAAAGGUGCUCACAACCUUGUCCGAGUUAUAUGAGGAUGCAAGACUAGUAAACAUCGUCUAUCCGAAUGAGCCAGAGUUUCGGGCAUAUCAGAUAAUAGCUCACCUCCGCGAUCCGGAUCAAGAGCGACAAGCUCAACGGUGGCCGGAUCACGUUUUUAAUUCGAAGCCGGUUCAACAAGCCUUGAAAUUUCUAACCCUCACCCAAAGGAAUAAUGAUGAAGCUGUUCAUAUGAGAGUUGGAAACGCAGAGUCAUGCUCGAAUUUCUUCGGAACUGUCUUUAGACUCGUUAAGGCCAAAAGCACAUCUUAUCUGAUGGCCUGUUUACUCGAAACUCAUUUCAAUGAGAUCCGAAAAACGGCCUUGAAGGCUAUAAAAAACACUUAUCGGCCUGAUACUAAGCAACUCCUAUUAAGGGAUAUCGUGGAGAUGUUAGCUUACGAAAACGAGGAGAUGGCUUUCAGAGAUUGUGAAUAUUAUGGAAUUGGUCUUGGAGAAGUUGAAGUUGACGGCCAAAUGGUUUGGCAUGUGGUCAUCAAAAAGGGCGGCGCAAACUGGAUUGAUGGAUUAUCCGCUUUGAGGCAAACAUUUCAUGCCAAGCUAGUUGAAUCAAAGAUUGGUAAUAGGUCCAUUCCUGAUGUUAUUUAUGGUAGAAAGGCAAGUGGUAGCAAAGGCUUCAAUCCGGCUGUGGCACCCUUUCUACCAGGACAGGCAAAGUUUGCAAACCCAUCUUCUGUGCCCUUGGGACCAAACACAUUCCCUUCGGGAUUUGGCCAGCAAAAUGCGUCUAUGGCCCCUCCUUCGAACCAUACACCAGCGUUUGGCUUACCAAAAUCUGGAGCCACCCCAGCAUUUGGCGUUGGUUUCCCACCAAUAUCGAAACCUAUUGCGGGUAUCUUUGCGAAGGCUGCAUCUCAGCAAGCACCUAACGUCUUUCAGAAAGCUAGCAAUGCCUCAGCCCAGGCUUCUAAUAUAUUCCAGAAGGCAGCCGUACCAGUAGCACAGAACUCAGUAUUCCAGUCUGGAACACCCGCUUGGGGAGCAUCACAGCAGUCCCAAGACCCUCAUCUGUCUCAGGCAUCUAAUCAGAACGGGGUUUUCGCAGCAGGCGCUGCCACAUCGGCAUUCCCUCCUACUGCCCCCAAUCCCGGCUUUACGCUGGGGGGUGGCUUAUCAACUACACAGGAUACAACUGCAAAGAAAUUGCCUUCAGGAAUUUUCUCUGCCCCCCUUAAUAAUCUAGCCAACCAAACGCAGUCCUCGGUUUUCAAGCAAGAGCCUUUCGGCAGCAUCCCCCAACAAUCUCCGAACUUUAUCCCCUCAAACUCGCAGUCUUUUCAAGCUUCAAAGUUGACAUCUGGCGGGUUUUUCCAACCCACCAUCCCACAGUCCGGAUUUCAAUCAAGCCAAACACCAUCCACGUCUCAAUCUAUAUUUCAGCAGGAUCCCCUUAAACCGACACCUAAUGGAAUCUUCCAGCCAUCAAACACCUCUUCGUUACCCAAUCCCUCAUCUACCACACCCUCAUUCUCCCUUUUCCAACCACAAAACGCCCAACAAGAGGCUGCGGUUACUUCAACGAGUGGUGGAUCUGUUUUUGAUUCACACCCUGAACAGAAGAGCUUUCCUUCGAAUUUUUUCAGCGUCCCAAUAGCUCCUACCGAUUAUGAUGACUACGAAGAUGACGGUGCAUACAGUGUCCCUGUACCCGUCAACACCACGCCGGGUGGUAGUCUGUUUGAUCGCAUUGGAAACCCACCAUCCCAACAAGAUACUGUGAAUCAACUGACAGGCACGUCUGGAGCAUUGUCUUCCUUUGAACCUCCAGCUUCUUUCGUGGGCUCAUCAGCUAAACCAUUUUCCUUUACGGCGCCUAAUUUGGUUCCAAAGCCUACCACCUUUUCGGCGCAGCCUGUCAAACAACCACCAGUUCCGGUUGCAAAACUACUGGUACCCCGUUCCGCCGCUUGGGAAAUCGCGAACUCACUUUUCGAUCAGAUUGUUACACAGGAGGUGAAAAAAACAGUUCAAUCCGCCGUCGAAGAGGACAAAGCCAACAUUAUUCGUGAGUUGGCUGCAGAAGGAUACGAGAAAGCCCAGAAGCUUGUGGCUAGAAAAAUUGCAUUGGAUAUCUCCGCAGAGCAGUUUUACACGAGGCGUUCCGGUGCAAGAAUAUUUUAUGCAUGGAAAGCGAGAGCGCGGAAAUUGAUGCUGAAACGCAGAGGCGAAGAGAGACGGAGAAACCCUCCAGCAGCCCCUCAAGUACAGUGGCGGCCUGUCCAAAUACCGGAUGAAGCAUUCGAUAGGUCAAUCAAAGAGGUCCAACGAAUGACUUCUCUCACCUAUCAAUCGGUACCACUCAAGGAGAUUUUUCUCCCUAAGGUUCAACAGGCAUUAUGGCCGACUAGCGAAGGAGACCGACGAUGGCGCCUACUGUGUAAAAGCAGUAAUACUCCUACGGACGUGAAAAAUUACUGGUGGAUAGAGAAAUUCAUUGGUAAUGGUGAGCCUCGCAUCGCUAUGUCUAAAAAGGGAACUUUCGAGGUUCAAUUCGACUUGUCCGAUCCAGAGACAGAGGCGAGAGAAAUUGGUGGAUUUGUCUUUGGCUGUUCCGCAGAUUAUAGUAUCUCAAAUAAGGAGAGGUUUAAGAGGGACAGGACAAACUUGCACGAAGCGGUUGAUUGGCUUUCUGGUACCACUGAGUUCGCAAAACUGGCGGUCAUGGUAGUAUGCUAUAGAAGCCCAUUGGAUACUGAGGACGCGGAUCCAUAUGGAAGGGACUUGGGAAGGACAUCAGGUCCAGGGCGUCGUGCACGCAUUGCCGCCAUUCGAAAAGCCUUGAAUUUGGAUGCUUUUGAUGAAAGGGUUAUCGGCAGGGAUAUUCACCUGGUCGAAAACCUGGAUGAUUGCAACUUUACGCCAGUAAUGAAGCAGUUCUCCCAGCUGGUCCUUGAAACGGUUAAUCCAAAAGUCGCCGAGAUGAUGUCACGAAAACCCUCACCCGAGACAGAGAACUCUGCCAAAAGGAAGCGUGCAAGGCAACAGCAACUCUCAGUAGGUUUACCUAAACCUAUAAAGCCUGCUUCAACCGAAGGUGUGGCCCCCGACGGCAGGGGCAAGAGGCAGCGCAUGAUCCGAAACGCUGGAAUGCAGACCAACUACUUUUCAAUCAAAGCAAGAGGAUUGCACUUGGACUGGGACAAAUUUCCAAUGCCUGGUGGCGGUACCUUGGGAAGCGGUGUGGAGAACUCUGUGGCGGAGGAAUACUUGGUGACCACUACUCCAAUUACCACUCCUGGGGAUAAAACUGGGAGGAGACCCGUAUCCCCGAAGGGUGACAGUUUCGAUGGGCUGAGGAACGACUUAAUGGAUUUGGAGAGAAUGAUGAACCAGGUUAAUGGAAUCAGAGGGCCGUUGGUAGUUAAGGCAAUGGAGUACGAAGAUCGACAAUGA